AUGGGAGAAGAGGGACGCAAGAAGCUGCCACUGCAUUGCAAGCCUGACAUUCCUGUCAUAAUCCUGAGCCUUCUAACAAUGCUGGUCAGUCUCAGGUUGCACUGCAGCCCUGGGAUCUGCCCCACCCCCACCCCGGGGACAGAAGCCCUUCGCCUAGACCCCAAAAACUGCCUCUUGGGUCAGCAGAGCCAGGAACAGGCCUUCGGGCGCAAGGCAAUGCCCACCACGGACUUCCUUGAAAAAAACCACAUCACCAAGAUCCAAGUGGACUUGACUGACCCAAAGGGAGAAACCUGCUGGGACUCCGCCCUCCUGUCAUUCCUCUUGGGGCUGUGUCACCCACGGCCGGUCCUCACUCUGCUCCUGGCUGGCAGCUGGGUGGCAUUGAGAUUAUGCAGAGCAGCCCCAGAGAGAGAAGCUGAGAAGAACCGACAGCAGCAGCAGCUUCUGAUGCUGCCCAACACCAUGGGGAUCCGGUGGUGCCUGAUAGGCAUUUGGGUCUUCCUGUGUUUUGCCCUGCGAGAGAGCCAAGGCUGGGAAGUUCUUGUCAGUUUCUCGCCCUUCUUCCACUGGGAAGAUGUGGAGAUGCUGGCCACGGGAAUCCCUCUUGCCUUGUCUUUGCCAGAUGCCUGUAAGAGCCUCUUCCAGGGCAGGUCCCUGGUUACAGUGGAGAUAGGACAGAGAGACCAGCGCCAGGUUCCAGAAACUCUCAGGUUGACCAAACCCCGGGACUUCUACGUUCAGCCUACGGUGUCUUUCUAUGAAGACUACCUGGCCGGCUGUGACUUCAACAACAACUCCUGGCCCUUUUGCGACUGGACCCAAACCUGUGGCACCAACCAAGGCACCUGGAUACGCACCAAGCAUGAUACGCCCACCCCUGGCACCGGCCCAAGCGGGGAUUAUCCGGAUGGAAGUGGCCAUGGAGCCCGGAGCCCUUCCCGGGGGCCAUCGCUGCCCUGUUCCCUCCGCUUGUGGCAGUCCCAAGAAGGUGCCACACCUGUUUAUGCUCUGAUUCAGGUGACCCUGAGGGCCCAGAGUUUGGGGGCAUCUCCCCUUCUUCUUGCAGGAGGCUACUUCAUCUACCAAGAGGCCAGCAACCUGAUUCCCUACGACCUCAACAGACUGGAGAGUCCCCAGCUGCUGGGCUCUGGCGAAGUCUGCAUCGACUUCCAGUAUCACAUGUUUGGCUCCGAGGACUUCAAUGAACUGCAUGUGACCCUCUUGAGGGACCAGGGCGAGACUGUGGUGUGGAGCCAAAUGGGGAGCCAGAGCCCUGAGUGGCAGCAUGGACUCACCUCGGUCUACUUUGAGAAGGAGGCUCGCUUCCAGGUGGCUUUUGAUGCCAUUCGAGGGUUGACAGAAUAUGGGGACACAGCCGUGGACAAUGUGGUGGUCAGGAGAGGGCCUUGCGAACCGACACCGACACCCGCAGAGCCCAGUACACCAGAUUAUUACACUUUUGACAAGCAGACGCACCACUUCAUGGGCAACUGUACCUAUACUCUCUCCCAACUGUGUGACCGAAACAACUCUCUGCUCCCCUACUUCAACGUGGAAGCAAGCAAUGAGCACCGAGGGGGCCACACACACGUCUCCUACGUUGAGAGUGUGCACAUUGACGUCUUUGGCAUCCGGGUCACCCUGGGAAAGGGAGGAAGAGUGACGGUCGAUGGGGAGCCAGUCAUCGUCCCCUCCACCCCAAUAGGGGGUGUGGAGAUCUUUCCCAGCGGCUUCUACACAGUGGUUUCUACGGAUUUUGGGUUGAGAGUCAAGUUUGACGGAGACCACCAGGUGGAAGUGUCCCUCCCAGCACACAAGGGUGAGGUCUGCGGCAUGUGUGGAAACUACAACGGGGAUCCUUCUGAUGAUUUCCUCAACCCCGAUGGGAAACCAGAGCCUGACUCCACAAGCUUGGGCAACAGCUGGCAGGUGGCCAACCUCACCAGUUGUUCCUCUGGACAUGAUCCAGUCUGCACGGAGGAUGAGAAAGACAUGGCCAAAAGCAGCGAUUUCUGUGGACGCCUGACAGAUAUCAAUGGACCAUUCAGGCAUUGCCAGAGCGUCUUGGAUCCAACAGGGCAUUUUGAAAGCUGCCUUUACGAUCAGUGCGCCCUGCACUUAGACCCAGGCUCCCUCUGCAGGAGCUUGCAGUCCUACGCAGAUGCCUGCCAGUCCCUGGGAAUCGCCAUCGAACCCUGGCGGAAUGCCACCUUCUGCCCCAUUCAUUGCCCACUCAGCAGCCACUACGAGCCUUGCGCCAAUGCCUGUCCAUCCACCUGCAAGGACCCAAAUGCUCCGGACACCUGCAACCUGCCGUGCAUGGAAGCCUGCGUCUGCGACUCCGGGUUCUUCCUUUACAAUGGCACCUGUGUGCCCAGCCAUCAGUGUGGGUGCUGGCAGCAGGGGAAGCACUACCCAGUGGGCUCCAGCUUUUGGACCGACGACACCUGCACCACCAGAUGCACCUGCCCCAGUCCAGGUGGCAAGCUCAGCUGCUUUGAUGAUUCCUGCCCUAAGCAUUAUUACUGCGGAGUCCAAAAUGGUGUCCCCAGCUGCUACCGACAUACGUACGGGGUCUGCCGCGUCCACAACGACCCUCAUUACAACACCUUUGACAAACAGACACACCACUUCAUGGGUACCUGCACCUACACCCUGGCCAAGGUCUGCGCCAAUGAGACGGGGCUGCCCUACUUUAACAUCGAGGCCAAGAACGAACACCGUGGGAAUCCCUCCGUCUCUUACGUCCAGCGGGUCCUGGUGGAGGUUUACGGGCACCGGAUUGAGAUUCUCAAAGGACACAGGGAUCAAGUGCUGGUGAACAAAGUGCUUACAAGGCUUUCUGUGCGCAAGCUGAACAACGCCCUGAGAGUGGACAUCGACGGACGCUACGUGACCCUAGAAACGGAAUUCGGGCUGAUUGUCUCUUACGACACGGAUCACUCGGUGGAGAUCAGGGUCCCCACGGACUUCUUCAACAAGACCUGCGGCAUGUGUGGGAACUUCAACAGCCACAGGCAGGAUGACAGCAUGAUGCCCAACGGAGAGCAAGCCAAGAAUUCCAAUGAGCUGGGAAACAGCUGGCAGGUGCCCAAUGCAACGUACGACGCCCCUGAUUGUACAGGCCCACCUCCACCCCCAGAACUUUGUCCCUCAGAGCUGAAGAAUCUCUAUGAGACAGAGGCCUAUUGCGGACAGCUAACCAGUAGCCAAAGACCGUUGGCAGUUUGCCAUUCUGCAAUCAACCCCAACAGCUUCUUCCAGAGUUGCGUCUUUGACCUGUGUGAGCUGCAUGGGUCCCAGCAGGCCUUGUGUGGUGCUUUGGAGGCGUACGCUGAUGCCUGCCAAAGAGCUGGCGUGCAGCUUCCCGACUGGAGGAAUGCCACUUCCUGCAAAAUCCCUUGCGGUCAUCAUAGCCAUUACAACGUGUGCGCCACGUCCUGUCCCGCCACGUGUUCCAAUCCACUGGCUCCGUGGAACUGCACCAAGCCUUGCGUGGAGGACUGCGAAUGCGACGAAGGCUUUGUCCUGAGCGGAGCACAAUGUGUGCCGCAGGAGGAUUGUGGCUGUGUACAUGGAGAUCAAUAUUAUGAGAAAGGAGAGACGUUCUGGCAGCCGGAUUGCGUCGGCCAAUGUCGCUGUGCAGAACAUGGCAACUUGUCCUGCGACCCAGACAGUUGCAAAAAAGACCAAGUCUGUAAAGUACAGAAUGGCAUCCUGGGAUGCUACAUUCCAGACAAGGCCACCUGUCACAUCUACGGAGACCCUCACUAUGUCACCUUCGAUGGGCGACUCUAUCAUUUCCAGGGUGGGUGCAAUUACACCGCAGUGCAAAUCUGCAGCAACUCCUCCGAGCGCUUCUCCGUGACCACUCGGAACGAACAUCGCUCCAGCCCGCACUGGACGGCUCUCAACUCAGUGGCCAUCUCGCUAAGAAACAUCCACCUGGCUCUGAGGAAGAACAAAGAGGUCUACCUGAAUGGGGCCAGAGUUGAUCUUCCUUUGAAGCUCCAGUCAGACAUUCAGGUGGAGGAACAGCUUCCGUAUGUGGUUGUUGACAGUCCCCUUGGCUUUCGGAGAUACGAGGGACACCUCUGUGGGCUGUGCGGCACGUACUCGGGCAGCCAGCUGGACGAUUUCCAACAGCCAGAUGGGAUGCUGGUGACCGACGCCAACAAAUUUGGCAACAGCUGGAGAGUGGAAGAUGACGAGUGGAGCUGUUCCCCAGGACCACCCAUAGAUCCACCCCACUGCGACCCUGUGGAAGAGGCAGGUUUUGAAGAUCGGUGCAGAGUGAUUCUGUCCUCAAACGGGCCUUUUACCGACUGCCAUGGCAGCCUCCCUCCUCAGCUGUACUUUGAAAGCUGCGUGUAUGACCAGUGUGCCACGGGGGAGACGAAGGGCAGUUGUGCAAAAGUCUGGAAGCGUAUGCCGCUGCGUGCGAAAUGUUCCUUCCUCUCCUGCGGUUUCUCCUGCACUUUUGAGAAGGAUUUCUGUUCCUGGAACCAAUUGUCCACCGACAGCUUUGACUGGAGACGACACAAAGGCCCAACACCCUCACCAGACACAGGACCCUUGUAUGACCACACCACCGGAGGAGGUUACUUCAUUUACCUGGAGGGAAACGAUGCCAACCCUGGGGAUGUGGCACGUUUGGUCAGCCCCCCGUGUGACCUUCAGGGGCCCAUGUGCUUCAGCUUUUGGUAUCAUAUGUAUGGCGUAGCCCGCACGAUGGCGCUGCGCUUCUAUGUCAUCUUGGAUGAUGCACCAGCUUUCCUGGUCUGGUCAGAAACGGGGAACAAGGGCAACCGUUGGAAGACAGCAGAAUUCAGCGUAGUUCACAAUGGCAGGGUGAAGAUACUGCUGGAAGGAAUGCGGGGAGAGGACUUCCGCAGCGAUUUGGCCGUGGAUGACAUCUCUGUACAGGAGGGUUAUUGCCCGUCAUUGACACCACCCACUCCUGGACCUACACCCACACUGACACCACCUACGCCCACCCAAGAGUCCUGCCUGGUGUCGGGUGACCCUCAUUAUUACACUUUUGACAAGCAGACGCACCACUUCAUGGGCAACUGUACCUAUACUCUCUCCCAACUGUGUGACCGAAACAACUCUCUGCUCCCCUACUUCAACGUGGAAGCAAGCAACGAGCACCGAGGGGGCCACACACACGUCUCCUACGUUGAGAGUGUGCACAUUGACGUCUUUGGCAUCCGGGUCACCCUGGGAAAGGGAGGAAGAGUGACGGUCGAUGGGGAGCCAGUCAUCGUCCCCUCCACCCCAAUAGGGGGUGUGGAGAUCUUUCCCAGCGGCUUCUACACAGUGGUUUCUACGGAUUUUGGGUUGAGAGUCAAGUUUGACGGAGACCACCAGGUGGAAGUGUCCCUCCGCAGCACGUACAAGGGUGAGGUCUGCGGCAUGUGUGGAAACUACAACGGGGAUCCUUCUGACGAUUUCCUCAACCCCGAUGGGAAACCAGAGCCUGACUCCACAAGCUUGGGCAACAGCUGGCAGGUGGCCAACCUCACCAGUUGUUCCUCUGGACAUGAUCCAGUCUGCACGGAGGAUGAGAAAGACAUGGCCAAAAGCAGCGAUUUCUGUGGACGCCUGACAGAUAUCAAUGGACCAUUCAGGCAUUGCCAGAGCGUCUUGGAUCCAACGGGGCAUUUUGAAAGCUGCCUUUACGAUCAGUGCGCCCUGCACUUAGACCCAGGCUCCCUCUGCAAGAGCUUGCAGUCCUACGCAGAUGCCUGCCAGUCCCUGGGAAUCGCCAUCGAACCCUGGCGGAAUGCCACCUUCUGCCCCAUUCAUUGCCCACUCAGCAGCCACUACGAGCCUUGCGCCAAUGCCUGUCCAUCCACCUGCAAGGACCCAAAUGCUCCGGACACCUGCAACCUGCCGUGCAUGGAAGCCUGCGUCUGCGACUCCGGGUUCUUCCUUUACAAUGGCACCUGUGUGCCCAGCCAUCAGUGUGGGUGCUGGCAGCAGGGGAAGCACUACCCAGUGGGCUCCAGCUUUUGGACCGACGACACCUGCACCACCAGAUGCACCUGCCCCAGUCCAGGUGGCAAGCUCAGCUGCUUUGAUGAUUCCUGCCCUAAGCAUUAUUACUGCGGAGUCCAAAAUGGUGUCCCCAGCUGCUACCGACAUACGUACGGGGUCUGCCGCGUCCACAACGACCCUCAUUACAACACCUUUGACAAAGAGACGCACCACUUCAUGGGCACCUGCACCUACACCCUGGCCAAGGUCUGCGCCAAUGAGACGGGGCUGCCCUACUUUAACAUCGAGGCCAAGAACGAACACCGUGGGAAUCCCUCCGUCUCUUACGUCCAGCGGGUCCUAGUGGAGGUUUACGGGCACCGGAUUGAGAUUCUCAAAGGACACAGGGAUCAAGUGCUGGUGAACAAAGUGCUUACAAGGCUUUCUGUGCGCAAGCUGAACAACGCCCUGAGAGUGGACAUCGACGGACGCUACGUGACCCUAGAAACGGAAUUCGGGCUGAUUAUCAGGGUCCCCACGGACUUCUUCAACAAGACCUGCGGCAUGUGUGGGAACUUCAACAGCCACAGGCAGGAUGACAGCAUGAUGCCCAACGGAGAGCAAGCCAAGAAUUCCAAUGAGCUGGGAAACAGCUGGCAGGUGCCCAAUGCAACGUACGACGCCCCCGAUUGUACAGGCCCACCUCCAACCCCAGGACCUUGUUCCUCAGAGCUGAAGAAUCUCUAUGAGACAGAGGCCUAUUGCGGACAGCUAACCAGUAGCCAAAGACCGUUGGCAGUUUGCCAUUCUGCAAUCAACCCCAACAGCUUCUUCCAGAGUUGCGUCUUUGACCUGUGUGAGCUGCAUGGGUCCCAGCAGGCCUUGUGUGGUGCUUUGGAGGCGUACGCUGAUGCCUGCCAAAGAGCUGGCGUGCAGCUUCCCGACUGGAGGAAUGCCACUUCCUGCAAAAUCCCUUGCGGUCAUCACAGCCAUUACAAUGUGUGCGCCACGUCCUGUCCCGCCACGUGUUUCAAUCCACUGGCUCCGUGGAACUGCACCAAGCCUUGCGUGGAGGACUGCGAAUGCGACGAAGGCUUUGUCCUGAGCGGAGCACAAUGUGUGCCGCAGGAGGAUUGUGGCUGUGUACAUGGAGAUCAAUAUUAUGAGAAAGGAGAGACGUUCUGGCAGCCGGAUUGCGUCGGCCAAUGUCGCUGUGCAGAACAUGGCAACUUGUCCUGCAACUCAGACAGUUGCAAAAAAGACCAAGUCUGUAAAGUACAGAAUGGCAUCCUGGGAUGCUACAUUCCAGACAAGGCCACCUGUCACAUCUACGGAGACCCUCACUAUGUCACCUUCGAUGGGCGACUCUAUCAUUUCCAGGGUGGGUGCAAUUACACCGCAGUGCAAAUCUGCAGCAACUCCUCCGAGCGCUUCUCCGUGACCACUCGGAACGAACAUCGCUCCAGCCCGCACUGGACGGCUCUCAACUCAGUGGCCAUCUCGCUGAGAAACAUCCACCUGGCUCUGAGGAAGAACAAAGAGGUCUACCUGAAUGGGGCCAGAGUUGAUCUUCCUUUGAAGCUCCAGUCAGACAUUCAGGUGGAGGAACAGCUUCCGUAUGUGGUUGUUGACAGUCCCCUUGGCUUUCGGGUGAAGUUUGAUGGGGACCAGCAGCUGCUUAUCCAAGUGGACGAGAGAUACGAGGGACACCUCUGUGGGCUGUGCGGCACGUACUCGGGCAACCAGCUGGACGAUUUCCAACAGCCAGAUGGGAUGCUGGUGACCGACGCCAACAAAUUUGGCAACAGCUGGAGAGUGGAAGAUGACGAGUGGAGCUGUUCCCCAGGACCACCCAUAGAUCCACCCCACUGCGACCCUGUGGAAGAGGCAGGUUUUGAAGAUCGGUGCAGAGUGAUUCUGUCCUCAAACGGGCCUUUUACCAACUUUUAUUCAACCUCUACUACUGUGAAGACUCCGGGUGUAGCCCCGUCUGUCUGCACUGCCUCAGGAGACCCCCAUUACACCACCUUUGAUGGCCGUGUCCACCAUUUCAUGGGCAACUGCACCUACACCAUGGCCAAAGUCUGCACCAAUUCCACCAGUGGCCUGGCGGUCUUUGACGUGUCCACCACCAAUGAGCACCGGGGCUCCAACCUGGCUGUGUCUUACGUCAACUCAGUGCAUGUGGCCGUGUACGGAAGCCAGGUGUCCUUGCUGAAGAACAGGAGAGUUAAUGUCAACGGCACUCGGAGGAACCUGCCGGUGUAUAUCGGAGGCAACAAGACUGUGGUGCAGUUGAGCGGCAGCUACGUGAUCUUGAAAACCGACUUUGGCCUGAGCGUCCGCUUUGAUGGCAACCACUACGUGGAAGUCGCCAUGCCACCCGAGUACCAGGGACUGCUCUGCGGCCUGUGUGGUAAUUUCAAUGGGAAUCCAGGAGAUGACAAUCUAAAGCCUGAUGGACAACCUGCAGGAGACUCAACUCAACUCGGAAAUAGUUGGCUUGUCCCAGACAGCAGUAGCAUAUGUUCCGUCCCAUCAGAAUUGUGUGACCCAGGGCUGGAAGAGGAAAUUCGGAGGGAUUCCGCUUGCCGCCUGAUCACAGAUCCAACAGGGCCCUUCAGGCAGUGCCAUGCUGUGGUGGACCCAACCCAUUUCCUGGAGAACUGCAUUUAUGACGUGUGCCUCACCCAAGGACAGCAGACCUCCGUGUGCCACGGGCUGCAAGCCUACGCUGCCUCCUGCGCCAACGCUGGGGUGUGCGUGGAAUGGCGGAACUCCACCCUCUGUCCCGUCUCCUGCCCUGUCAACAGCCACUACAGCAGCUGUGGCCCUUCCUGCCCUUCCAGCUGUGUUAAGCCCCGAGGGCCCACCCCGUGCAGCUCCCUCCCCAUGGACGGAUGCUUCUGCAACGAAGGGUUUGUCCUGAGUGGAGACACCUGUGUCCUGGAGACUGACUGCGGCUGCGUGGAUGACCAGAACAACUACUAUCAGCUGGGGGAGAAUUGGUUCAUUGAUGAGUCCUGCAAAAAUCGAUGCACCUGCGGGCACAACAAUGUCAUCAAGUGUGCCUCUUGGCAAUGUGGCGUGCAGGAGAAUUGUGCUGUUCAGGAUGGAGUGCUGGAUUGCUAUACCAAGGGCCGGGCAUCGUGCCACGUGGUGGGUGAUCCCCAUUAUUACACCUUUGACAAAGUGAUGCACACCUUCCUGGGCACCUGCCUGUACACCCUGGUCACUGCUUGUGACAGCCGGAACCUCUGCACUGUCACUCCCUUCAACAUCACGGGGAAAAAUGAAGACCGGGGCUUACGUGGAGCCACCUACCUCCGGGAGGUCCAUGUGGACGUGUACGACCUACGGAUCACUCUCCAGAAAGACAAGAAGAUUCUGCUCAACAAGAUGAGAGCCUACACCCCAGUGGAAAGCCGCUCCCAACGAAACUCGGUGACCGUGUCGAACGUUGGCAAUUACAUGGUGGUGGAAACUGACUUUGGGCUGAUGGUGAAAUACGAUGGGAAUCAGUACUUGGAGAUCAGCCUGCCAAGCUCCUACUACUCCCAGGUGCGUGGCCUCUGUGGGAACUACAAUGGCCAAAAGGAAGAUGAGCUGCUGAUGCCCAACGGCUCCCAGGCCAAGAACGUCACUCAAUUCGGGAACAGCUGGAAGGUGGACGAUCCCGAAGACUCAAGCUGCCUGCCAGACACACGCCCAGAGCUGGGACCCCCUUGUGCCCAGGGCGACCUGCCCUCCGUGAAAGAGCAGUGCCGGGUCCUGCAGUCCGGCGCCUUCGUGCCCUGCCACCCGCUGGUGCAGCCAGACCUCUUCAUCCAGACCUGCGUCUACGACAUGUGCAAGUACGACGGGAUGCGUGCCACCCUGUGUGCCGUGGUGCAAGCCUACGUGGACGCCUGCCAGGCCAAGGGAGUGCCCAUCCAGUGGAGGAACAGCACUUUCUGCCCGCUGCCCUGCCCCCCCAACAGCUUCUACUCCCCCUGUGCCCCUCCCUGCCCGCCCACCUGCAGCAACAUCUACGCCGGGGAGCUGUGUGAGAAGCCUCCGGGGCAGUGCCUGGAAGGCUGCGUCUGCCACCAGGGCUUCGUGCUCAGCGACGACCAGUGUGUGCCCCUCAGCCAGUGCGGCUGCCAGGACAAGGACGGCCGGUACCACAAGAUCGGGGAGAGCUGGCUCACCCCCCACUGCAGCCAAAAGUGCCGCUGCCGCAAAGGCGGCUCCAUCAAGUGCCAGGACUUCGGCUGUGAAGCUGGCGAGGUUUGCGACACCAAGAAAGACGGGAAGCUGCGCUGCAAACCCUCAGGAUUUGGCAAGUGCUUGAUCACGGGAGACCCGCAUUACCUGACCUUCGACGGCCUGCUGCACCACUUCCAAGGGCUGCACACCUACGUGCUGGCACAGAGCCGCCCCGAUGCCUCCGAACGCCUGGAGCCCUUGAGCAUCGAAGGGACCAACCGGCUGGUGAGGGGGUCCGGCCAGCCCUCCAUGCUGAAGGAGCUGCGGAUCCGCGUCUACAACCACACGGUGCUCUUCAAGCAGAGGAAGAAGCUGGUGGUGGACGGAGUGGCCACUGAGCCCCCAGCGCGACCUCAUGAGGGGCUUCGCAUCCAGCAGAGCGGAAGGCAGAUUUUCCUGGAGUCUGACUUUGGCCUCUCGGUCAGCUUUGAUGGCUUGGAGAAUUCAGGCAUCCUGCUGCCCAACAGCUACAAAAAGAACCUGGAAGGCCUCUGUGGCAACUUUGAUGGAAAGUACAAGAACGACUUUGCCAAGCCAGAUGGCACCCUGGUCAAAGACGUGAACACCUUCGGGGAGAGCUGGCAAGUCCCUGUCAAGAGGGGCGCCUCCCGCCUCAGGCGAGGCCUCGUUGCUGAAGAACCCCCGGAGGAAGCUGAGCUGGACGUGGGAUUUUCCCCCCUUUGCUCCGAAGAGGACCUGAAGGUGUUCAGCAGCAGCUCCGUCUGUGGCGUCCUGGCAGACCCCAAGGGCCCCUUCCAAGGCUGCUUGGCCCACGAGACCCCCGACCCCUUCCUACACUCCAGCCUGCCAACUGCCAGGGAGGGUCGGCCUUUGCCCUCUUCCUGCCCACCAGACAUUCCAAGCUUCCCUGCCUCUUUGCUCUCUGGGGAAGAGCCCCUCCCUCUCUCUCCCUCCCUCCCUCUGCCUUCUGCGCUUCUGCUCCUCCCGUGCUGGAGCCCCCUUCUUUCCCUGCCCUGCAGAGCCCCCUCCCACUGCCCAUGGCGGCCCAUUGCAACCUUCUGCUCCUCCUCCUGCUGCAGGAGCUGCGUGUUCGACAUGUGCAGAGAAGCCAACCGGACCAGCCGCCUGUGCCCCAUCCUGGAGCAGUACGCCUGGGCCUGCCAGAGCAAGAAUGCCUCGGUGGCCAGCUGGAGGGCAGUGACCGGCUGCGCUCCCCAGUGCCAUCCCCACAGCCACUACAACCCCUGCAUGUCAGCCUGUCCCCCGUCGUGCUCAGACCUGGCAGCCCCUGACGACUGCAGCUCCCCCUGCGUGGAAGGCUGCGAGUGCGAGUCUGGCUACGUCCUCAGCGGCUUUGACUGCGUGCCCUUCCGGGAAUGCGGCUGCAACUUCUUGGGCAAAUACUAUAAGGUCGGGGACCGCUUUAUGACCGAUGACUGCAGCCAAGACUGCGUCUGUACGAACAGUUCCAGCCCCUCCUGCAAGCUGGCAAGCUGCCCCCAGGACCACCACUGUAGGAUCUUCAACUUCACCCGUGGCUGCUAUCGUGCUGACCCCUGCCAGCCAAAUUCAUGUUUCAACAAUGGAACCUGUGUGCUGGAUGGCAGCCCAGAAACCUUCCACUGUGAAUGUCCGGAGAAUUAUGAAGGACUGCUCUGUGAGAUGCAGGUCACGCCAGAAGCCGAACCCUGCCAGCCGAAUCCUUGCUUGCACAAUGGAACGUGUGUGCGGCACAACAGCUCAGAGGACUUCCACUGUGAAUGUCUGGAGAAAUACCAUGGGAAAUUCUGCGAGAACGAGCCAGAAGCCGACCCGUGCCAGCCGAAUCCUUGCUUGCACAAUGGAACGUGCGUGUGGCACGACAGCUCAGAGGACUUCCGGUGUGAAUGUCUGGAGAAAUACCAUGGGAAAUUCUGCGAGAACGAGCCAGAAGGCAAUUGGCGGCUCCCCCUCUACAUCGCGCUGGGCGUGGCGGCCGGCGCCGUCCUGCUGGCCGUGGUGGUCUCCGUGCUGCUCUGCUCGUGCGCGCGCAGGAAACGAAGCGCCCCGCGCCGGACCCGCAACUCAGCGGCUGAGCGCAACCUCGGCUCCCUCUCCAACCCGGCCUUUGAGCGCGACUAGGAGCCGAGCCCGCCUUCCACCUCCGGGCGCUUCCAAUAAACGGAAUGGUUUUGAAAGGAA